AUAACUUAAAAUAUUUAAAUAAUUAUAGUUAAUAUUAAUCCAAAAUGGUGUACAAAAUAACAGAAAUUAAGGAUGUUCCGCUGCCUGUUAGCAGGAUAAGAUCGGUAACUGCACAACUCAUAGCAAGUAUGGCACCGAACCUUCUACUCCUGGAUCUGGGAAUGGCCGUCAGUUUCGCUACCAUAGUGAUACCAGACCUACUGAAUGCUCCAGGCAGUUUGUCAUUCACAGACAACGAAGCGUCAUGGUUUGGCAGCCUUUCAUUUCUGACGCAGCCAUUCGGAGCACUACUCUCAGGACCACUAGUAGACUAUGUCGGAAGAAAAAGGGCCACUUUCCUGGUCAACAUACCACAUGUGAUAGCCUGGAUCCUCAUGUAUUUUGCUUGGAACGUUCCCAUUUUGUUCAUUGGGAACGCACUGCUGGGAAUAGGAACUGGGAUCAUGGAAGCACCUAUCAACUCUUAUGUUUCAGAAAUCAGUGAACCAUCAGUGCGUGGAGCGUUAUGCACCGUCACCCAGUUGUUUCUGUCCAUCGGUAUAUUUGCGAUGUACUUCCUCGGGUCCGUGGUGACGUGGCGGGUUGCUGCCAUCAUCUGCAUCUCCAUUCCUUUCACGUCUAUGCUCCUGGUUGUUAUAGGUGCUGUCCCAGAUACACCAGUUUGGUUGCUCUCUCAAGGUCGGGAGAAAGAUGCUCUAAAGUCCUUAUGUUACCUCCGAGGCUGGACCACAGCAGAUAACGUAAAGAAAGAAUUUGAUGAGCUCGUGGUAUACUCCAAGAGUUUGGAUGGCUGCGUCAUCUGUUGGAAGGAGAAACGAGACGAGUCUCAAUGUGAUCACUAUGAAAUGAAUGUUUUUAAGAGGUUCUUCACCAAGUUCAAUAUAGUAAUGCUGUGCAAGGAGACCUUGAGGCCUCUAACCCUCACGAUGCUAUACUUUACCUUCGUCGUCAUGAGCGGUCUCACUCCAGUCAAGCCAAACAUGGUCAAUGUCUGCUCUGCUUUCGGCAUGGCAGAUGAUAGUAAGAAUAUUGUCGUAAUGGUAGGAGUAAUAACACUUAUAGCAAGCGUUGUCGUCAUAGGCAUAAUAAAGUCCGUCGGCAAACGCAAACUGGGCAUAUCUUCCAUGUUCGCAUCAGGUGUAUGCUGCACCGUCCUCAGCAUCUAUGCCGGAGCGAAUCUAGCUGAUACCGUGUCUUCAUAUGAUCCGAAGAGCUUCCCAGAAGAGAAGAGUGUGGUUCCGUUAAUAUUCUUCUAUCUUCUCACUAUUUUUACUGGAUUUAACGUGUCUUGGGUUAUACUUGGAGAAGUGUUUCCUUUCAGGAGCCGAGCUUCAGCCCAAGGCACGGGAGCAGCCUGGAACUACGUGGUCAUGUUCAUCGGCUCCAAGACUUUCAUAGACUUGGAGACGCACUUCAGGCUCACAGGAGCCUUCGCCACAUACGCAGCCUUCGCUUUCCUCGGCACCAUCUACCUUUACUUCUUCAUGCCAGAAACUGAAGGAAAGUCUCUCCAAGAAAUCGAAUCUUACUAUGAAGGAAGACUCAGGAUAUUCGCCGACGACUGGUUCAUAAACAUAUUCAAGAAAAAGAAAUAAAUGACCUCGUUUGUACUUAAUUUAUAUUUUUAGACUAAGAACAAAUUAGACUAGAUCCAAUUCGGAUUAAAUAUAAAUAAUAAUUAUUACUAAAUUACGCAUUUUUAUUUUUAAGUCUAGUUUCUUAAACGUAUUAUAGCAGUGAGUAUUUUUAGGUUACGAGCGUGCAGUCUAUGGUUGAGGGUCUUCGAUUUUUGCCAUGAAUAAGGGAAGGGAGGUUUUGCUGUCCCAUAUGACGGCUAUGAAAGGUCUGUUGACCCUGAAUCGUAUGGAUGGUUCGUCAUAUGACAGUGCUACGGCAGCGAAUGCUGUGGCUGCAGCAGCUGAACCCCCUUUUUCGUCAAUGGAUAAUACUGCAGAAUGAACUGCCGAAGAGAUUUGUGGAGAGAAAGCGCGGAAAGAACCCACGCCAUUGAGCUCCGCGUAGCGGGUGAACAUAUUUGUGAUGCCCAUCUGGAAAUAGACAUAAAUACAUUAAAAUUCAAUAAUGUUCAUGUGAAAAGAACCACACAUUAAAAUAUUGACAACAAUUAAACGUUUUGUUGUAAAGCAACCAGCUAUCAGUUUUGUUAAUACACAGUUUAUCGAAAAUAAGUUACCAAUAAAAAUACUUUUGUCGACUUAAUAUUUUUAAGAUAAUAACAGUUACAACACAGAUGAGGAAAAUAUUCGAAAUAAUUAUAUGUUUCUGGUAACAUUUAAGUCGUCUACGUCACUAACCUGUUUUUUAUAUGAAAUGUAAUUAAGUGACAAUGACCUUUGAUUUAUGAAAUAAAUAACGAAGGAUCAAAACGAUGUUUACUAAGA